AUGUCCAUCAAGAAGUUAUCGCCUACGAUCUCAAUAAGUCUCAAAACGUCCUAUCCCAUUCUUGUAGUGGAUGAAACCCACGGGGCAACGAUGCAUUGGAACUUUGCCCUCCGUCGACCUAGAAUCUCCGCCGACCGUCACGACGACUCGGAUGUACAGUGCUUCAGCAUGAUUCAACAGAAAAGCUCGCUUGUAACUCCGACUUCGCACAGUUCUGAGUUGGUACCAUCUCGUUUAACAGGUGUCUUGAUCAACCCUCAUGAUCUUGUCGAUCUCAAGCAUGACCGAAACUUACCUUCUCCUGUGGAACCGGACCUUCCUCGCCAAUCCAACCUUCGUCAGAAAGACAAGUUCGAACUCCCUCUCGUCAUCAUCUUAGCCUUCUGCUGCAAUAUGAGAAAUCGAGUCUGGAGUUUAUUCCAGAACUUAAGGAAUCGCGUGUGGCGGCGGGAAAAGAGCGCUGAACCUCAAGAAGCGUUGUUUCCAGAUACCCAUGAUGGGGAUAUCAUCAUUCCCGUCAUGGGCCUUACCGGUGUCGGAAAGAGCACAGUGGGUGUUCACUAUGAUAAGGCAGAAGUUAGCGACGGGUAUGAAUCGUGUACUACGAUCCUCAAGGCUUUUUACACCCCACUCGAACCGUCGGAAGAUUUUGGGUUGGGCAGACGACUUGUCCUCGUUGACACGCCCGGGUUUGACAGUACUUGUGGACAUGAUUUCAGGUUGCUGCAGCGUAUCGCAUUAUGCUUGACAUCUUCCUAUGGCGGAGGGAAGACAUGUGGAGGCCUCAUCCAUCUUCACGAUAUGACCGACGCCGGCGUGCGGAGCAUAACCUCCCAAAAUCUCCAAGCUUACAAGAAACUUUGCGGAAAGAAGAAUCUUAGAGCUGUCGUUUUUGCGACUGCAACACCUGGCAGUCUUACUCCUCAGGCAUUCGCCAGACGCGAGCAGGAACAUUACAGUGAGGUGUACCGGAAAGACUUCAAGGAGCAGGGAGCGACGUUUUUCCGGCUCACCCACACGCACGAGUCAGCUAAGGAUUUGGUUUCCAGAGUUCUUGAGAGAGUCAAGGAAGAGCAGCGCGCCUUACUGAUUCAAGAAGAGCUUGUCGAGAUUCGAAAAAUUGUCCCCACUGCAACUAAAGCCGGGCGGGAACUCAAGAAUGGAUUAGAUGAAAUUAUAGCGUAUCAGAAGGAAGUCCGACUGGCUGGCGAAGUGAUAUCUCAAGAAGAGGUCGCAGCUCUCGCCAGUAAAAUUGCAAUAGUCAGUCCGCCGUCCAAAGGCCAUGAUAAUGAGUUGCCUCUUGCCGAAUCCUGGAAAAAGAUGGUUUUCUUGUGGACGACCUAG